AUGGGAGAGAGGAGAGAAUCUAGCGCUGAAGAACAGAAGCUAGGUCGUUGUGUGGCGAAGAGACGUAGUGCGCCAGGGAAGUCGAAAAUAUUAUCAGCGGAAGGAAUGUGUGACCAGCAGCGAGCAGGGUGUGAAAGUGGAAAGUCGAGCAUGGAGGAUGUCGAGAUGUACCGCAGUAUAAAGCGACUGAGUAGCGACGGACUGAUAGUGCUAAGGCAGCCAGAUGUGCAUGAAUUCGAGACGAAACGUUACUUGAAAAAGGUCAAAGAACAGGAUAUGUAUGAACAGUACGCUGGAUUGCAGGGUAUGGCAAUUCGAAUGUCGGAGAUGCGAAGUAGAGUGACUCCGUUGAAUCGGAGGGCCUUUCCAGUUAAAGGGUCUUGCCUUUUGGCCGUUUGCACGUCCAAGCGAGUUCAAGACUCCAUGACACCAGUCUGGGAACUUAGUGGCAAACGAAGAUCUUUGUUUACAUUGACGACGUCGCUGAUCGCCCGAGAUAAGGAGUAA